UGCCAAACAUGCCAGGUAUUCAUUUGGCAACUUCUCUAUCAUUAACUACCCUCAAUAAAGAUAUUAUUGACUAUGACACGUUAUUACUCACUUUGUCACCUACACCCAUUUGGCACCCCUUGGAAAAAAUUAUUUACAGCUGAGCAUGAUCACAAGACAAAAUCUGCCCAAGCAUCCUAAAGCAGAGUAGCAACAGAGAAGCCUAUUGGCCGAGUCUUGCAGCAACUGAAAUAGCCAUGUAAACACUCUCCCUUUCUCUCUGUGCCCCAGUAAUUAUAGCUGGGUUUCUGGUGAUGACAGUUGCCCCAUGGAGACUUCAAAUGCUGGAAUAAUUUUGACAUUAUGAUAUUUGAUCUCAGCUCCAAUAGCGCACCCACGUAAACACUAAGGAGCAGUAUAAAGGCUGGGUACCCCAACUGGAACACAAGUUGUUUACUCUAAAGCCCAGUACUCCAGGCUUAUCCUCAGCAGCAGAAGCGUGACUAGGAAAAGGGAGCCCUUUAAAUCCAGUCCACGGGGGUUUACGUAACAGAGGAAACAAGAGGGCAAGCACCGGAGAGAGCGAUACUUAACAGUUGGUUGACAAGGGGAGUAAAACUGUUGGAGUCUGAGGCGCACACUACGCACAGGGACCAGCUCAGGCUAAUGAUUUAUACUGGAGGGCAGAGGAAACUUUAAUGUAAAGCAAGUGUUUCUAUAAUCUUUCCAUACCUUACUGGCAACCCUACAAGUGACCUCUGACAGAAGAGAAAGAGAAAAGGGCCUCUGGCUAUUGAAUGGCCUGCGUCAUGGCAGCCAUUGAUCUAGAGCGUGGGCUGGAACACAGUGGCCGUGGCUGGGGACAAGAGAGGCUAGAGCUGAUGGACAACUUUGACCUGGAGAUGCAAGAGUGGGAGGACCAGUUGCAGAACAUCCAGAGGAAAAUCGAAGAGUUGUACAAGGACGUUCAAGCCCGCAGAGGAGCGAACGAUAUCACUACUGACAACCAGAAAAAUGGCAGCCAAAUGGAAUGUGGUCUUCCACACAAUGGCAAUGGUUUUUUUGCUCCUAGCCAUCACAACAAGAUUCAUUCUGGAGCUAUAUCAGUGCCACAUUGCUACAGCCAUGGCUGUAACUAUAAACCCAAUGGGUACAGCUGCCCUGUGAGUUAUCAGAACGGUCACAGUUACUGCCAUGCCAACGGCGUUUCUGAGAUUGGAGAAUUAUUGCAGGAUUAUUUGGAGCAUGGGAAACAAGUCAGCCGGAAGAACAAUAGAGCUCGCCACGUGCACUUCAGUGACACAAUCAAGGUGAGCCAGGACAUCCCUGCAUACCAGGAUGAUAUAAGAAGCAAAUCUGGGAAUGAACGGCUUGGUCAAGAGCAGGUUCUGGGCUGUUUUGAGGAGACUGAAAACAGGAAGAACCGAGUGUCUCACAUGAAGAGCUCCCCCUGCAGAGAGAGUUGCCCCACCAACACAGAAAACACAGAUGCCAAGCCUCCUCUUGGACACAGGGAUGCUCUUGCUCUACAACCACGCUCUCAGCUCCCAAUUUCAAAUGCUGAACCUCCCACUUCAGACAGGAAGUCCUUCAGUUCAGGCAUCCUGGGAGAAAAGAAGUGCAGCAGCCCCUCUGUUCUCAAGAAGUUUGGAGCCAUGCUGCAGGAAAACGAGGGCAAAGUGCUUACUGAAUCAGGGGUGGUGACCCAUCAGGGACCAGCCCCAGAACCCAAGUGCCCCACCCCUGCCUGUCAGCGCAGAGCUGCAGGGUCCACUACAGGUGCCAGCAAGGUGCCCGUGCACAUGCCUAUCCAAAAACGCCAAGUAGAUUCCAACUUGCUGACAGCAGAGAUAGAGCCUAGCCAAGAAUGGGGAUUAGUAUCAGACUCUGUUAGACAGAAUCACAAGGAUCAGAGAGGAGGCUACAGCAGUUGUAAAGGGCCGCAUUCCAGUCCCCGGCAGUCCCAGAGAUCACAGGUGGCAGGGAGCCCAAACGUUAGACCCAGGGCGAAUAGUGUGACAGACAGAUUUGGAGGAAGGAAGCCUGGUCACCAACAUGCGGAGCCCAAAAUGGACUACAGGGUCUCAAGUGCAUCAUCUGGAGCUCAGAGGAUCCAGAGGGGUGGGUUAGUGGGACAGGAGAUGCCAGACUGUAGCCAAGUGAGGGAUGAAGGACUCAUUGAGCUGCUGGACAUGCUGGAUAUCCAACAUGAAUACAGCUCAAGUCCCAAAACAGGACACACUGACUACAGACAGGAGCCACAGCAGGUAAACCCAGCUGAGUUGUCCCCAGUAAAACCUAAGAGGAGCUUUUCUCGUCCCGCACGGCCAGCCAAUCAGAGACCUCCGUCCAGAUGGGCCAGCCACACCUCCACUGCCAGGAUUGCCACCACGUCGUUCCCAAUGUACCAGCCCCCUAGCCUCAUUACUCAUCCCCCAAGUCCCAUGACCAGAAACCCAAGUCCUGCCCUGAAGCACCGGCCUCUUUUUUCCUAUUCUCUUCAGACUGAGACUGUCAUUAUGUGAUACGUUCCCAUUUGAAUAAUGCUCAAUUCUUCCCUAGGGAAAAGUCCUCCUCUGGUUCCCACAUAAUGUCAUCUCUCUCUGUGUAAAUAGUAAAAACUUUUAUGUUUAAUAUGUUUUAAUGUUUAAUGCUUUAAAAUGCUUAAUUUUAUCUUGAUGCCGUGCGCAAGGUAAAACACAUCCACAACAUUCUCCAGUGUUGCUUUGGCUUUUUGCUUCUCUUUGCCCAACCUUAACCAAAAUACCAACAUGUUGCUUUGUUGCAGCGCCCCCCCUUUGUCCAUUUCCUCUUUUUUUGUAUUGAAUUUUAAUGUGUUUUCUGUAUAAUGAGAUUUAGCAUGCAGCCCUAGUAUGAGGGUACAUUCACAGUUGCCAUCUCGAAUCAAAAUCAAACUGGCCACCAGUGGGAAGGGAUUAAGUUGCACUUGUGCUCCUAGCAGCAACCUGCUAGCUGUCAACAGCAGUGUGUUUUAAUGUAUCAUAUUUUCAAUGUAAUAUACAGUAUUUAAGAUGUUUAAAUAACAACUAUGACAAAUGACUGAUAUGCCUUUCGUGUAUUUUUUUCUUGGUAAUAAAUAUGA